UAAACGCAGCCUUGGUGACGUGUAGCAGCCAUAUUGGAAUACUGCUGUUGACACGGGGCACAGUCAGACGAAAUUAUCACCAACAGGGAAAGGUCCUUUCCCAUUUCAAAGAGUGUGAUUAUCAGCAUAUUACACCAUGAAAGGCACAUAUAUGUAUUGCAUUGUCGCUAGUUUGUUUUUAGUAAGCGAGGCGUUUUAUUUGCCGGGUCUUGCCCCUGUCACGUACUGUGAAGAAUCUGACCAACCCAAAGCAACUUGUAAGACCAAGGUCCCAGUCUUUGUGAACCGCCUUAAUUCCUUGGAAACGGUUGUGCCUUAUGAGUACCAGAGUUUUGACUUCUGUGUUGAUGACAAGCCUUCAUCACCAGUGGAGAACUUGGGUCAGGUGGUCUUUGGAGAGAGGAUAAGCUCAUCUCCUUACACAUUUACAUUCAAGAAGAAUGUGACAUGUCAGCCUGUAUGUAACAAGGAGUACAAGAAGGGUGACCAGACGUCAGUGAAGAAGCUCAACUUCCUGCGUCGUGGUAUCGCCCUCAACUACAUGCAUCACUGGAUUGUGGACAACAUGCCCAUCACCUGGUGCUACAUCGUGGAGAACAACAAGCGCUACUGUUCAACCGGAUUCCCAAUUGGAUGCUUUGUCACUUCCCAGGGACGACAGAAGGAUGCCUGUGUCAUGAAGGCUGAAUUCAAGGAUGCUAACACUUACUAUGUUUUCAACCAUGUUGAUAUCACCAUUGAAUACCAUUCUGGCACUAAUGAAGAAUGGGGUGUUGAUCUGGCUGACAAGGGUGGGCGCAUUGUCAGGGCCAAGCUGGAACCCAGAAGUAUCUUGCACAACAAGCCGGGCCCAGAAGGCUGUGCUGGGAAUGCUCCUGUGAAGGGCAUCAAGGGAGGCGACAUGACGGACGCUGUCAAAAUUGACUACACCUACUCUGUUUACUGGGUGGAAAACAAGCAGAUCAAAUGGUCAUCCAGAUGGGACUACAUUCUGGAGUCAAUUCCCCACACAAACAUCCAGUGGUUCAGUAUCAUGAACUCCUUGGUGAUUGUACUGUUCCUGUCUGGUAUGGUGGCCAUGAUCAUGCUGAGAACUCUCCACAAGGACAUCGCAAGAUACAACCAGAUGGACAGUUCAGAAGAUGCUCAGGAAGAAUUCGGAUGGAAGCUUGUUCAUGGAGAUGUUUUCCGUCCCCCACGUCAGGGAAUGCUUCUUGCUGUCUUCACUGGCAAUGGAGCUCAACUCUUCUGUAUGACAUUCAUCACACUGGUAUUUGCCUGCCUUGGUUUCCUGUCACCUGCCAACAGAGGUGCUCUCAUGACAUGUGCUAUGGUGUUGUAUGUCUGCCUGGGGACUCCAGCUGGCUACAUCUCUGCCAGGGUCUACAAAAUGUUCGGAGGAGAGAAGUGGAAGUCCAAUGUGUUGCUCACAUCAUUUUUUGUCCCUGGUGUGAUAUUCAGUAUCUUCUUCAUACUGAACCUGAUUCUGUGGAUCAAGGGUAGCAGUGCUGCCAUUCCCUUCACCACCCUCCUCGCACUACUUGCUCUCUGGUUUGGUAUCUCUGUGCCACUUACCUUUGUCGGAGCAUACUUCGGCUUCAAGAAGAGGCCCAUUGAGCAUCCAGUUCGUACCAAUCAAAUCCCCCGUCAGAUCCCAGACCAGACCUGCUACACGAAAGCCCUGCCUGGUAUCCUUAUGGGUGGGAUCCUGCCUUUCGGCUGUAUCUUCAUCCAGCUCUUCUUUAUCCUCAACAGUAUCUGGUCCCACCAGACCUACUACAUGUUUGGUUUCCUCUGCCUGGUGUUCAUCAUCCUCAUCGUCACCUGUUCUGAAGCCACAGUCCUGCUGUGUUAUUUCCAUCUUUGUGCGGAGGACUACCACUGGUGGUGGCGGUCGUUCCUGACAAGUGGCUUCACAGCAGUGUAUUUCUUCAUCUACUGCAUCCACUACUAUGUGUCCAAGCUAGAGAUGGUGGGAGCAGCCAGUAUGAUCCUCUACUUUGGAUACACCAUCAUCAUCGUAUUUUGCUUCUUCUUGCUCACAGGCUCCAUUGGGUUCUUCUCAUGUUUCUGGUUCGUGACAAAGAUCUACAGUGUGGUAAAGGUAGAUUAAGCCUUAGCGGUUCACGUGGGAAGGGAACCUGAUCAGAGGGACUACCAUCGGGAUUACAUUACUUGAUGCCUGUCACAGGUGCAACACACAACACGCAACCAGUACAACCAUUGUGCACAUAAACAACAAUGGAAGGGCCGAUGUGAUGAACAAUGUUGCGCAGGGAAAGAACGACGUGAGACUGUAUGUGAUUUAGAACACAAUGUGGGACCUAGAUGUGUAAAUGAAGAUGAACCUUGAGUCUACCAGUCUGAGAGGACCAUGCAUAUCUGGCAGUGUUGAGGCUUAGUGCAUCUGUGGGACAAGUGACAAGUGUGGUUCAUGUAUGCAUAAUUUAUAUUCACCAUAUUUUACUUUGCCAUCAUGUGUACAUACUAUAUGUUGCAACUCGAGUAGACAUUACUCUAGGCUUUAUUCUCAGUUUUCACCCUUAAUUGCUUUACAAAGUAAUGAGUAUAAUGCUUAUUGUCGACAAUGACAGAUCACUUCUGAAAGCAUACAGUCCCAUUGUGAUUGCCAGUUUCAUAUGGAGACUGUUUGUAUUGAGUGGAUGAACAAGUAGCAGGUUUUUGCGUUAUUAUCAACAUUUUGUGGCUUCUUCAGUGUAGAGACUAUCCCAUUUGGUAGAGAGCACUCAGUUUAGUUGAUAUGUUCAAAUGAGAGGAGGUCCAUUAAAUCUGUGUGCUUUUGUUGAAGAUUUCAAAUAUCCAAAUAUCCAAAUAGAAUUAUGGGGCCAAAAUGUAAGAUUUACAAACGUAAUUGUUCUGUAAACAAAUUUUCUUUCUGAGAAGGAUCUGAUGAAAGAAGGCAUGAAGGCUGCAUAGAAUAGGUUACUUCCAUGUUUUCAGCAUGAUACUGACAGGAAGGCUUUUAUGUAGGCAAAACUAGCCAGAAUGUUUGCACUGUUGCAUGGAUAUUAUCAAGGGAAUCAGUCGUCAAAAAUAAGGGUAAACAGAAAGUGAUUUGUGUGUAGCUCAGUCCACUACUGAUAGUCUGAGUGUGUGCACUAUUAUGUGGAAACAGUAUGUCAGUCCAAACAAUAUUUGCGCCAGUUUUUGUAAACCAACUGUUUUUAAUGUGUCAAGAAAACAACUCAAGUUGCAUGUGCUGAAAUGUGAUAACCCCCGAAUUGGAAUGUUUCUAUUUAUGGUAUAGGACAAACCAUGGCCUGACAAAUGCUGACGGCCAAUAUCACGUGUUCGGCCAGAUAAGUUUUCCAUUAACAGGAGGUUUAUUCUUGCCUGGCCAUGCUGUAGUUACCAGAUUGUGGAAAGCCAGUCACCAUUCCUUCAUGGCAAGAAUAACAUCUCCUUACUUUUCAAGCCAAGUAGAAGGUCCUUCUGAUAAUGUGAACCAGAGCUUGAAGUGUCUUAAUUAAGAGCAACGUUUCGAUGAAGGUCUUAACACCGUUAUCACUGUUAAUACCUAAACCGUAACGUCACUCAUAAUUGUAUUUAAGAAGUUGUUCAUCCAUAAAUCUUAUCCUUACUUAGUGCUCCAACUUCUAAAUGCCUAUCAAAGAAGUUGAAGUGUCUUAACUGUUGUUUGUGACCAAAUCUUGUCUGCACAUCUGUUGGUUAAUGUACUGUAUUAUUCAUGUGAUAUAAAACUGUACAUAUUCAUUAGAGGUGUAAAUCUACUGAGAGUUGUUUGUAAAUUUUGUUUGUGUUAUUUUGUUAUUGAAUAAAUCUAUUCAUGUGUACAAAGUAUACCAUCCAGGACACCUAUUGUUAGAGUAAGUGUUUUAUUGAAGUCCAUUACUACAGUGCAAGCCAUGAAUUUACAGUUGCACUACCCACAUGCUGUAAUACAAAAUUAAUUUAAUACAUAACAUGCCCAAAAUUUUAUGAAUAAUUUCAUGUUGGUUAUCUGUUAAGUAUUUUCAUUGAGGUAAUUUUGGUUUUGAUUUAGUUGUUUGUGAACAUAAAUUGCAUUUUUGAUAUUGUUGAAUGAUAUCAGUGUGCAUCAGAAUAGCAUUGCCCAUUGCUACCUUGAUCUGUAUGUAUCUGUGUACGAGUCGUUCCUCACAAUCACUGUACACAUGUGGCUUGAUAACAUUGUAAAUGUAAUGCUUUGGGGGAACUUAUUACAUGGAUACAUUAUGGGGAUAUAUUUUUCUUGUAGAUAUUGCAGUGAGUGAAGGAGACUGUUCUACAAAUAAAAUACUGUGAUUUGACUGAUAUGUAAAUAUAUGCACAUGUUACAUCAAAUCUCUGGUGUGGACAACUUUUUAUAUGUGGGAGAAUUACAAAGGUAAUAAAACUUGGACUCACAUUCA